AUGACCCACCCUGAGGGUGUCUUGGCAGAGAUGCAGGAGUGCACCUGCAGCAGAGGACACACCAGCAGAUUCAUCACAAAUCUUCUGGGAAAAGGGCAAGUAAUGGAACAAAGUCAAAGUAACAGGAUCAACCUUCUCCCACAAUGCAGGAUGCAAGUCACAGGGAACCCAGGGACUGAGGAUUACACUGGGGACACAAAAGAAUUUGAAGGAGAUACAGUGAACAGCAACACUGUGGAAUAUGUCCUUAACUUUAAAUCAAUCAUUAGUUUACAAGCAUUUUUAAAAUCUCUGUACUGCCCCAUGUCUCCAGAAAAGGAACACAUAACGAACAUAUGGUGGAGCUUUCCUAAAUUUGACUGCAAAUUGGAAAUACACUUGGACGCUGAGCAUUUCAGACUAUUAGCUCACGGCCAGCUUGGAGAGGAGGAGCUGAGUGACACAGAGGGAGCUGAUUGGAGAGUAGGUGGCAAUGGACUCCGUUCCCGAAACGAGGACCCGUCAUUUCUCCAAAAGGUAGCCUGCGACAAGAGAUGUGGCACCAUCUUGAGGAACAUCUGGGUUUCCCAUCUAAUGCACACAUCACUAUUGUCAGCUUGCACUGAAUUGCCAGUAGCAGCUGCUUAUUUGAAAAGAGGAAAGGAUGUGUCUUAUCAGAAGUUUGGAGUUGACAUGAAGACUGUGUCAGAGAUGAAUUAUAUGGAGAGUGAUGACAUUCCAUCAUCUGCACUGGAUCUAGAAUGGGACAUGGAAACAGAACUGGAGGAACUUGGAUCUGAGCACUUUCAACCUGACAACUUUGCUAACCAUAAUAUAAACAGUGCAAUAAAUAAGCCGCAUAUACCUACCUCCAGUCAACUGUCCACUUCUCCCAAGGGCCGUUUUCAACGUUUAGAAGAGGAACCAGAAUACUUUUCCCAUUGCGCGCAUUUAAAAACAAAGACCUCAAAGGACUUUUGUACAGUUAUGAAAGCAUUUUCUAUAGUUAUGUUUACAUUUAUCUUAGGAAUUUUAGUGGGCUAUUUUUCAAAGACAAUCCCUUCCUCAAGUAAUUGUUUAUUAUUAAAUGAACUUACAACUUCAAGUGAAAUCCACACUAUAAAUGAGAUAUUAAAUGAUAUCUCUAAAGAAAAUAUUGAAACUCAUUACAGAUAUUUCACAGAGAUUUCUGUCAAUAAAACAGACUCAGACCCAGUGAAAAAAAUUGCACUUCUGUGGACUUCAAUAGGCUUAAAAGAAGUUCAGUUAGUAAAUUAUUCAGUCUUACUUGACCUACCAGGCUCUUCUCCAAAUACAAUCACUCUGAAGAAUGGCCAGUGCUAUUAUCCAAGCGGACAGGAUUGUGAUGAAGAGACCAAAAGUCAGGAGUUUCCUUACACGUAUGCUGCCUACUCUGCCAGUGGAAGUCUUGAGGGUAAAGUCAUUGAUGUGCAAUAUGGAACAAUAGAUGACUUACAAAGUAUUACCAAUGCAAACAAUAUUUCAAGGAAUUCUAUUGCUUUAAUAAAGUUGGGAGUGUUACCAUUAUUACAUAAGCUUUCUUUGUUAGAAGAUAUUGGAUUUGGAGGAGUUCUUAUUUAUCUUGACCCAUGUGAUCUACCAGAGGGGAAAAAUUCCAAAGACAAAUCAUUUAUGGUUUCCUUAAAAUAUGGAAUAAAUCAAUUUUCUAUUGAUUCUUUAAAAACUGGUAACAUUGGAAAUGUAACCCCAAAUGUGACAUCACUACUGGUACAGCCUGUAACUAUUUCACUUUUGAGAAGACUGUUUUCUUUGACAGAAAGUACAGUGACAGGACAAUGUCUUCCCAUCAAAGUACCCGAAACAGAUGCUGUUAUCCUUACACUUAACAUCCAGUCCACCCAAGCAUAUAAAGAAAUAUCAAAUUCUGUUGCUUUCCUCAGAGGAUCACUACUUCCAGACAAGUACAUCAUAAUUGGUAGCUCUCACUAUACUCUGUUUGAGGAAAACAAUAAACAAUGGGCAAGUGGUGCUGCUAUUAUGACAUCAAUUAUCAGCUCCAUAAUAUCUAAGAUGAAGUCUGGAUGGAGGCCACAAAGAACAAUAAUUUUCUGCUCAUGGGGAGGAGCUCCAUUUGGUAACAUUGGCUCUUACAAGUGGGGAAAGGAUUUUCAGAGAAUUCUUACCAGCAAUGCUGUGACAUAUAUUGGUCUACAAAAUUCCAUUAGUGGCAAUGGCAGUCUCCGCUCAGUUUCUUCACCAUCUUUACGACAAUUAGCAACUGAAGUCAUCAAAAAGGUACAAAUCAGCUGUGCCAGGAGGGACAUUUGUCAGACAUUCAAUGUCAGCUCUGUACAGACGCAAGGAGAUGCUGAUUUCUUCAUCAACCAACUUGGAAUUCCUGCAACUCAGUUUAUUUUUGAAGAUAAUAAAACCAAGGCCCCAAAUUUACUCACAGAAGUAUCUUUCAUUACAUAUGAGGAAUCUUACCAACAAUUAGAUCCUUUUUUUCUCCACCAUGAAUACAUUGCAAAGCUAACAGCACAAAUGGUUCUGCAGAUUGUCACUGAACCAGUCUUACCCUUUAAUGCUUUGGAUAUUGCAUUAGAGAUUCAGAAACGCAUUGAAGGUAACAUUGUAUCUACUGGUUUGAGGGAAAUAUCCAAACUUUUAAGGGAAACUACACAGCUAUUCCAGUCUAAUGAGAUGCGUCCAGCUAACGAUCCAAAAGAGAGAGAUCCAACCAGAGUGAGAAUGUUGAAUGAUAUUCUUCAGAACAUGGAAAAGAACUUCCUCAUUAGUUCCUCACCACUGGGCUUCUUCAGAAACAUCCUGUACAGUCUGGAUGGAAAUUCAUCUCAGUUCUCAGUAGUUCAGGAAGCACAAGAGUAUUGCAAGAUUACAAAGUCAAAUGAAACACUUCUAACAACAUUGCAAGAGGUGUUGAACUGCAUUAGCUCUGCUCAGUUAUAUUUCAAAGAAAGCCUUCACCUCUUUGAGUCUGAAUCAGAUUGAAAAGACUGACAGAUCAUCUCAGUUGGUUGCCACCAAAAUAUUGUGUCAUUUCAUAAAUGUCAUAUUAAAAAAAUACCUGGUAACGGUUAUUUCUAAUUCUGUAUGCAGUGGCAAACAAUACACAACCCUUUUGUCUUUUAUAUAUCACUGCAUACAGCUGGCUGUCAUUUCAAAUUGUGUGA